AUGACUAGAAAUGCCCAAGAAUAUAUCGAGAGGAUUAUAAACAAAGAAAAGCAAUUCACGCUUAACCUCAAAGACCAAAAACUAUCAGGAGAAAUGGAUUUAAACCAAUUUACUAGUUUAGUAAGUAUUCAAGCCAGCAAUAAAAUAGAAAAAGUGGAUUUUGUUCGACUGCUGAAUGAUUUCCCUAAGUUGGAGUCAAUAAACUUGGAAAAUAAUCCGUUAGAUGGAAAUAACUUGGAUAGUUUAAAUAACCAACAAUUUUCCCAAUUACAACUAAGAGAAGAAAAUGCUCAAUUAAAACAACAAAAACAAACCCAAAUUCAAAUCCCUCCGAAAUAA